CUACGAUUACCAAACCGUUCAGCUGUCUGCUCUCUAUCGUGUCCUCUGAAUAGUCGUGAAUCAGCUGAGUGAGGCUCUAAGUAAUGCUCUGAACAUUGUACAUAAUUGGUUUCGUGCGACCAAUACUAUAGUGAUUUUGUGCAAAAAAGAACAGAAUCAUCUAGAUCUUUUAAGACCUUUAGGAACUUUAGAACACGAACGUUCAAGUUGUAACAACGUGUCCCGUCGGUACGCAAUCGGUAAAUACAUGGGAUGCCAGAAUGUCGAAUUUAAGCAAGGUCGGGUACUAAUAUUAGUUUUUCCUAGCAACUAGGAAUGACCCCCAGAAGGAUUUUUAAUUGUGUUCCACUAUAAGUUUUUCGGUAAUUAAUGAAAACGUACUCAGUGAAAAAUCGUCUGAAAUAGUGCAAUAUAAGUUUUGUGAAUGCGAAAACAUUCUAAAUCCUAAUCACGAUGUUAAAGCUCACUGUGAAAAUGUAACCUAAGAAAAGUAAGAAGAAAACAAACAAAUUUGAUAAAAGCAAGUCACAAGCGAAAUAGAUUAAAGGAUCCAAAGAUGGGCGUUCAAGGCCGUGUCAUAAUUCUACGAGAUGAAGAGGGACGUGAAUAUACCACACAACAGGUGGUAACGGCGUCGUCAGUUGUCUCCGAUAUGAUAACGGCCUCGAUUGCCGCAACAGGUGCUACGAUCGUGGUCCACCCCGUGGAUAUGGCAAAGAUACGUAUUCAAAUGCAGGGCGAGUUAAUGCGACAUGGUGAAUACAAGGUUCACUACAGAAAUGUGCCCCACGCAAUUUAUCAGAUAAUGAAGCAUGAUGGUUUACUUCGUAUAUACCGCGGAAUUAUACCGGCUACAUUCUACCAAAUUAUAUCGCAAGGAUUUCGACUGGGAUUAUUCCAGUCGAUCGAGGAUUUAGGUCUGACCAUGGACUCAAAUUUGGAACAUUCAAUAAUAAAGAGUGCAAUAUCGGGAGCCUUUUGUGGAGCAAUCAGCGCCUUUAUCGCAUCGCCAUUUUUUAUGGUGAAGAAUUACCAGAUGAUUCGAAGUGGCAGCCAGAUUCGCGUUGCUCAUCAGCGACAGUAUACGAGCAUGCUACAUGCAUUCUAUGACAUCUAUCGAAGUUACCGUCUAAGCACAGGUCUCUGGAGAGCUACUGGAUCAAAUGUUCUUCGCGUUGGAGUGGGGUCAUCAGUUCAACUCUCUUCUUUCGUUGGAAUUAAGAAUGUGCUCAAUCUCUCCGUUGAUUACAAUGAAAGAUUUCUGGUAUUCAACACAAUAAUGGCUGCGCUAGCCUCAGGCGUACUCGUGUCUCCAAUUAUCGCUUCGCUCGAUCUUAUUCGAGUUAGAAUGUACAUUCAGCCAGUUGAUAGCAACGGACGAGGACUUCUGUACAAAAACGUGUGGGACUGUUUCCGGCGUAUCAAGGCCCGCGAAGGCCUACUUGCCUUCUGGAAAGGCAGCACAGGAGCUUUCUUCUAUGUGAUGAUCACAUCAUCGAUAACACUUGUGUCAUGGGACGAAAUGAGGCACGUACGCAACGCACGCCUUAAUUCAAGGGACUACAUUAUUGAUUUUGGGUACCAAUAGAAGAAAAUUAGGCUGCAGUUAAAUAGUUAUAAUCCAAUUUCAUUCUAUCAAAAAUGGUUAACCGGAAGACGUGGCUUUUAAAUUCCUAUGCAUGUGGUACAAAUAUUGUACAUAUAUAUAACACAGCAACUUGAAGUACAUUUGAAAGGAAGUUGUAUUAUGAUCAUCAACUUAUCUACGAUAUUUUUAAACAAUGAAAGUCACAUUCACUCAGUUUAUGGCAAAGUGAGACGUGAAGCACGAACGAACGAAAAACAUGCCACAUGUAAGUACCAUGUAUUGGACACAAAUAUACCGUCGACGAUUGUUACACAUUCUUGUCUAUCGUUUUGAUGUUUUCCUAAAUGAUUAAAUGUCUGAUAUUCUAUUUGGCUAUUAUAUCCUACUUAUCAGGAAACUUCUAAUCUCUGAGGUGAUGCAGACAGAAAUUAUCAUUUGUUUCAUUUUAAAUUCAAAAAAAUUUAAGUUACUUAUUUUUAUUAGUAAUAGUCAGAAACUUUAUAUAUAGAGAUCAACAGCACAAUAUGCCAAUAUCAAAUAGAGUAUAUAGAAACAUUUAAAAAAUCGCGUCAUAUGGCUUAUACGAGUCUUGUGGAGUCUAUUACACUAAUUUAAGAAAUUUUUAGAGGUAUCGCAAAGAUGGUAGAAGGUGAAAACGAGCUACUGAUAUCUUGUCCAGCAACUGGAGCAUCUAAUUAUGUCGUCAGGCUUGUGGAAAUCUGGUUCUGUGAAGGGUCUACCAUAGAAGCCACGAAGCUAAACGAGUGACGACAUGUCCAUUUAAUCGAUUCAUCUCGCUUCACACGCUGUUCUCCAUUGUAUCCGAAACAAAAGAAAUGUUUGUUCCGGAUCUUUAUGUGUACUUCCAGUGCUAUAUUUUAUCCUACAGUGGAGAGCCUUGCAUAGUUCAGUCGUGCAGGUCUCACCGUUAUAGAAUCUCCCAAAUGACGCGUAUCCCAUACAUUGCGAGCAGAACUAGCUUGCGGUCGAACAAAUUGGAGCGGUUGUGAGGGACAAGCGAUUUGAUCGUUUAUGUGGCCAACAUCGCCUUCCUGCAUCUUUCGGUUAGGUGCGCAAUGAGACUACCGUUCGCGGAGAAGAACAACCCCGAAUACAGGAAUUAAUUCACAAAGGAAAAAGGGAAUUUGGCGGGGUGCAAGGCGCUGUCGCGUCUCCUCUUCUAAACAUCGCCCCCUUCCUUGUUAGGUUUACGGUCAGCCGCAAUUCUGUAACAGCCGCAUAAAACCAAGCCAAAGCUUGCUUAAUUAAAGCCGUCUCAGGCCAAAAAAUUACUUUAUACACACUUGGAAUCACACAUGUUAUGUGUGAUUAAAGAGAAUACUGGAUAAUAUGAGUAACUCUUAAAAUGACUGCAGUAUAUAUUUAUAAAGUAACGGGUAAAUGAAUUUUGUUAGAGCUCAGGCGUGUUAUCAUUAAGAAGAGUUCAAGUUUGGUCUACGUAAGCGCGCUAAGCCUUAGAGACUUUUAUAAGCCUACUAAUCUUAGACACAUAUAGGGUAAUCUAGACUCGAAACUGCGCGUAUCUAUGAUAGCACAGUGGUACCGUAUUUGACUAUCAGGGAUAUGCAGCGGCCUAAGCCGGACACAGAAACUGUACAUUUUCUGGAAAAACGAGCCGCGUGAAGCAAUGCUUAACGGCAGGACGAGACAUAAAGUUCCAAACACUAACUUUUAAGAUUCGAAUAUAAUAGCUCGGUUUAUACAGUUUGCUUAGGUAAGAUUUUGUAGCAAUACCAGAUAAUAAAGCUGCAGUACAAAGAACAGCAAAAAGAAACUCAUGGAAAGUCUUGGAAACUUUUAUACCUUUCAAUAGUAUUUCUUAGGUGCACCUGAUGUUUUCAUAAAAAAAUCUCUUUUACCCUCUUAUUAUACAACUUCCGUCUUUCCUGAUUUACUUGAGUGUAACGAACGGAUCGAUCCGUGAUACACUAUAAGUUCGGCAUUGCUUCCUUGUUCGUCAAGUGUCUAGGUUUUUAAAAUGAAAAAGCAAAGAGAAAACAUUAUUACACGGUAGUACCUUUUUUCUUUGAAUAUAGGUCGAGAAAAUCUCGUACAUACCUCCUCUGUUACUUCGUGGAUAUCUUCACUUCAUCAUAUAUUUCGGGCGGUGCAAAAUCCUAAUGACAAGUGAAGAGAGCACAGCUCGCGCCGCACAGUCCGCUGUAUGUGGUACUAGGUCAUCUCAAAGUAGCUUUUGACUCGGCGCCCAAAGAUCAUAUUAUGCUCUUUUUCGCCUAGGUAGGUUUUGUAAGGAACGUGCUUAAUCCCUUUAUAGUUAUACACAAAAAUAGUACAAUCAGCAGCGACAAACCCGUCGAACUUUAGCCCAUAUCACAGUCUGGAGUUGAAAGCCUGACCCGGGGACACGGCUUGAGGCCAUUAUCCGGCUGAAAACCUUAUCCUGCACCUCCCAGAUUAUAAAAAAGGGGUUCAAAUAAUUUAUGGAAACGGGUCUACGACGUGCGGGCCGGGGCUAGUAAUAAGUAAGGCCUACUGUAUUUGAAACUUUCUAGGAGCGGAUUCCGAAUGCAGUCUCAAAAUAGAGACCGACAAUAAACUGACCAAAACGGAGUUGAUGAGAUUUAGAAGGAGAGGCAGGAUCACGGUCACUGACACUUCGUACCUAGCUUGCUUACCCUUCGGUUAUCACGGAUACUUAUAUUUGAGGUUGCUUGUCUUCUUUAAUGGCUAACUUUCGAUGGUGCACGUCUUUGAAGGAUGCAGGAAAGCAGCGGCGGUUUUAUGGGCUAUCUAAUCGCUCUACCAUACACUGUCUCUUGUAAUUUCGAUUGCAGCGUAUGAGACACACAUCAUUUGGAAGAACUUUCUUGCUCAAAAUAACGUUAGGAUUGCGCACGAUGCGAAGUCCAAUUGAACACGGAUGUCAUCAUGUGAUUCAUGACUCGCUUUAUCGUUAUGGAUUCUGCUGACACUGAAUGCAGUUGUAAUAAAUAUCAUGCAAUCCCCUGACCUUAAGACGUUUGGCAAAGUGUUUCAAUUCAAGCUGAUAAAGUCAGUCCGUUUGGAAAAUUCAUAUGAUUUUUAUGUUUGUAUGACCUUACGCUAGUCUAUUGUUAACCUGUAUAUUUGACGUAUUUACUGCUACCAGUUAAUGAAAUAAAU